CCCCCACCCAGACACUAUCCCCAGAAGUCUGAGUAACCCAAACACUGAUCCUUGCUCCUCCACCGCACUGUGCAUUCCUUCCUAUCUGUCCUAGGCAUUGAUUCUUUUCGUCAAGGCCCAACCAACUUCCUUAAGAUCUCUGUCUCAACGUUGGUAUGCUGCCAAAACUUCCCACAGGGUCUCAACUCCUGCCACUCGGCCGGUGCGGGUCGGCCGCGCGACGCUCCCUGUGACCACUAGAGGGCAGGCGUUCCCGGCCAGAAGGACCGGCCAGCCUGCCACUCAAGGUGGAGAGUUGGGUGGGAAGGACCUUAGGCUUCGGUAGAGUCCCAGUUUCGUCCUUUUUAAGUGGAAAUUUCCCCCCCACCGCCUUUCUCGGGAGCAAGCCAAAGAGGGACCCAGGCUACUGGAAAGCCUGGCUGGGGCGGAGACUGUGGUUUUCAGAGUACAGGGAGCGGUUAGCAGGGUGGAGCUAUUCCGGGAAGUGGUGGGGGGAGGGAGCCUAAAACUAGCGACCUGUCCGCUAUUAUCCAACCCCCUUGUGUCCUCUCAACCUAUGGAAAGCCAUUUUCAAGUAUCCGCAGAGAGAAUAGGAAACGGGAUUGGGGGACCUAGGCAUAGGUUUCCCUGGCUAGUUGUCCAGGGCCUUUCUGUGCUCCGUUUUCUCAUCUUGACCAUUGCUCAGGGGCUAAAACCAGAGCCAGGGGCCCCUGCCCCAGCUUUCCUCCACAUACACACCUGGGGGACUCAAGGAGAGGUUGGUAAAAAGGAGAAGCCAAUUGGAGAAUAAACAAGUAGUCAUAAGAUUGAGUGAUUGGAGCCUAAGUACCCUACCCAGGAAUGGUUGGGGAGGAGGAGGAAAAGACAGGGGAGGGGGCGGAGUUUUGUCACCUGUCACCUGCUCUGGCUGUGCCUAGGGCGGGAGGGGGACUGGUAUAAAGCAGCAGGCGCCAGAGCUGCUCCACCGCACACAGCCACAGCACCUGCCUUGAGUCUGUCUCGGCCCCCUUCCCGCCUGCUCACCACCAUCAUGACCCCAGGCAUCCGGGCUCCUUUCCUCCUGACGCUACUUCUAGCGCUUGUAACAGGCCUUCUUGCCCUUCCAGAUCCAAACAGUGUCGCCUUAUCUCAGGACACCAGCAGUUCCUCAACCUUGAACACCACCCCUGUCCACAGUGGUUCCUCGGCUCCAGCCACCAGCUCUGCAGUGGACUCGGCCACCACUCCAGGCCACAGUGGUUCCUCGGCCCCACCCACAAGCUCUGCAGUGAAUUCGGCCACCACUCCAGGCCACAGUGGUUCCUCAGCCCCACCCACCAGCUCUGCAGUGAAUUCGGCCACCACCCCCGUCCACAGUGGUUCCUCAGCCCCAGUCACCAGCUCUGCAGUGAAUUCGGCCACCACUCCUGUCCACAGUGGUUCCUCAGCCCCACCCACCAGCUCUGCAGUGAAUUCGGCCACCACUCCUGUCCACAGUGGUUCCUCGGCCCCAGUCACCAGCUCUGCAGUGAAUUCGGCCACCACCCCCGUCCACAGUGGUUCCUCAGCCCCAGUCACCAGCUCUGCAGUGGACUCGGCCACCACUCCUGUCCACAGUGGUUCCUCAGCCCCACCCACCAGCUCUGCAGUGAAUUCGGCCACCACUCCUGUCCACAGUGGUUCCUCGGCCCCAGUCACCAGCUCUGCAGUGAAUUCGGCCACCACCCCCGUCCACAGUGGUUCCUCAGCCCCAGUCACCAGCUCUGCAGUGAAUUCGGCCACCACUCCUGUCCACAGUGGUUCCUCGGCCCCACCCACCAGCUCAGUAGUGAAUUCGGCCACCACCCCCGUCCACAGUGGUUCCUCGGCCCCACCCACAAGCUCUGCAGUGAAUUUGGCCACCACCCCCGUCCACAGUGGUUCCUCGACUCCAGCCACCAACUCUACAACAGACUCAGCCACCACUCCAGUCCCCCCUGGUUCCUCCAUGCAAACCACCGAGGCUAUAUCAGGCUCAGCUAACACUCCAAUCCACAAUGGCUCCUUGGUGCCAACUACCAGCUCUGCACUGGUCCCCACUACCAGUGCAGCCCACAGUGGUGCCUCAGCUAUGACUAAUAGCUCUGAAUCAGACUUGGCUACCACUCCAAUUGACAGUGGCACCUCUAUCUCUACUACCAAGGCCCCUGCCACCACCCCAGUCCACAAUGGCUCCUUGGUGCCAACUACCAGCUCUGUGUUGGGCUCAGCCACCACUCUGAUCCAUAAUGACACCUCUACAAUGGCUACUACAACUCCAGUUGGCAAUGGUACCCAAUCUUCAGUCCCAAGCCGGCACCCUGUGACUCCCACCCCUCCUGCCGUCUCCAGCAACAGCACCAUUGCCCUAAGCACUUACUAUAGCACGGCCCUCUCCCCUGCCUUCUCCAGCCAUGCUGCACCGCAGGUGUCUGUUGGAGUCUCUUUCUUCUUGUUGUCUUUUCACAUUUGGAACCACCAGUUUAAUUCUUCCCUGGAAGAUCCCAGCUCCAACUACUAUCAAGAACUGAAGAGGAACGUCUCUGGAUUGUUUCUGCAGGUUUUUAGCCGAGCUUUCCUGGGGAUCUCUACCAUCGAGUUCAGGUCAGGUUCCGUGGUCGUAGACUCGACUGUGAUUUUCCGGGAGGGUGCUGUCAAUGCCUCUGAGGUGAAGUCACAGCUUUUACAGCAUGAGCAGGAGGCAGAAGAGUAUAAUCUGGCCAUUUCAAAAAUCAACGUGGGUGAGAUGCAGUUUCCUUCCUCUGCCCAGUCUUGGCCUGGGGUACCAGGCUGGGGCAUUGCCCUGUUGGUGCUGGUCUGUAUUUUGGUUGCUUUGGCCAUCGUCUAUCUCAUUGCAUUGGCGGUGUGUCAGUGCCGCCGGAAGAACUAUGGGCAGCUGGACAUCUUCCCCAUCCAGGACUCCUACCAUCCUAUGAGUGAAUACCCCACCUACCACACUCAUGGACGCUAUGUGCCCCCUGGCAGUACCAAACGUAGCCCCUACGAGGAGGUCUCGGCAGGCAAUGGCAGCAGCCUCUCUUACACCAACCCAGUAGUGGCAACCACUUCGGCCAACUUGUAGGGCAAGCCACCCGCGCAGGGCAGCUGUGUAGUCUGCCCUCAGUCUUCACUGCCAGCCCCCCCCCCCCUGCACUCUGAUCUGGGCUGGUGAGCCAGAGUUCUGAUAGGCUGUUCCCAGCCUUCCUGACACGCGCCUGGUGAAGCCCAGCCCUGCCCUGGGGGACACCCUGGGGCAGGGGUUCAGUGGUGACUCUCAGGAGGACUGACCUAGAAAGGCUGGGGACGGAGAUGGGAACCCAAGCCUGGCUGAAUAAAAGCUGGCCUCCUGUUA